UCAGCAGUCGACGGCGAGAGAGAGUACAGAAGGUCCUCAACACCAGGCAUGAAAAUAGAAGUGAAAACUGCCCGGAGAACAUAGUUUUUUUGUUUAAUAAAAGUUUAUAAAUCUCUUACUUAGUACCCGUGUGGCUCCGUGUGUCUGCUCCCCGAACAGCACCAUGUUUAUAUCCUCAGAUAACUCGCCGCCCUCCUUCAAAGAUUUCACGCUGGUCAUGCCAGCCGUGGCUGUUGGUAAUGUUGGUCAGCUGGCCGUGGACCUCAUCGUGUCUACUCUCAACAUGAAACGAGUGGGCUACAUACACACAGACUGUCUCAUCCCAAUGGCUGGGAACAACCCAUACGCCACCUGCAAAGAAGAUGCUGAGGAUCUGCACACCCCUGCUGAAGUUUAUACAGCACCAGAACUGAAGUUGGCUGUUCUUCAGAUCAGAGCACCGAUUGUUCAGACAAAAUCCAAAAAGUUUCGUCAGCUGAUUGUGUCUUGGAUCAAAGCCAGCGGGUUCUCCAGGUCUGUUAUUCUGUCCAGCAGCCACGCCUACCAGAGGGAUGACCAACAGCUGGAAGGCUCUCCUUUAAGGUACCUGAUCACUCCGUCCCUGCUGAAAGUGAGUGCAGACGCGCUGAAGGAGCUGGGCUGGAGGGAGAUGGAGCGAGUGCCGGCCUUCCCGGGAUUGACAGACGCCAACGCAGAGCCACGCCUCUGCAUCCCCGGAGGGGGCAUCACCAAAGCUCUCUACACAGACAGUUGCUCGGAGGAUCUUCCGGUGGCUGUGUUGCUGCUCUUCUGCUCGGAGGGCGACAACAUCCCAGAUGCCUUCACCCUCGUCAACCACCUCAACGACUGGCUCCAUCUGCUGGACAACCCCAGCCAAGAGCCCAACAAAUGGAAGAUCCCGACCUCCUGGAGUCUUCUUUUUGGCAGCGGCAUCCCUCCUGCGCUGUACUGACACACACAUUUCGUUUUUUCUAUUUUUAGCUUAUAAUUAGAUUGUUGCAACAACUCCUUUGCAUUUUUCAGACAUAAGUAAACUCUUGGCUGGGGUCACAUCUGCACAGUAAGGAGUUUUAAUACUGGACACUGUUGGCUAUAAACCAACAAAUUAUAUUGAGUUUUCCUGGUCUGGACUGAUAACUCGGUAACCCCAUAAAUGAACCUUGUCCACUGUUUGAAAUGUAUCCGUUUCCUUUAUCUUGAUGAUGAUUUUUAGAUGUACAAAUAUGAAAUUAUGUACAGGAUUUCUCGCAAACGCGCACUUCUGGAAUUGCGUUUUCUAGUACUGCAGCAUUUGAAUGUUUUUUUUUUCCCCCAAUAAAAGAUUGUUACAAUAA